AUGAGUGGUGCUGCUGAUGUUAACGAUGACUUUGAUAGCAAUGAUGAUGAUGAUGACCACAUCUCCUUGAAGGAGGACGAGGACUUUGAUAUGCUAGAUGCUUCUGAUUCUGAAUUUGAAUGGCAAUCACCACACACAAGAUCUCACCCUAUGUCAUCUCCUUAG